AUGGAAGGAGAGGCUACACAGGCGAUUGACCAACAGCAAGAGAAAAUCAAACGACCUUUGGCUCUGCGCCAACCUGAGGUGUUUGAGACUCCCGAUGCAGAAGACAGUGGCCCCAUCGUGGUGGUCGUUGAGGAACGAGACAACGCGAACAUCGACAGGACUGGCGUGACACCCAACAAGGCAUUCGCUCGCUUCUACGACAAGGGGUUUGACUCUGCGCAAGACUUCUCCUCGACGGUGCGGCGUGCGUCGAAGCAAAAGGAGUUUGAGGCCUCCAAGGAGGACCUCAAGUCGCUCCAGGAGACGCCGCUGCAGAGGUUCCAGCGUCUGCAAUCCGAAGUCAGGGAGCUGAGCGAGGAGCUCAGCGCCGCGGCCGAGAAGCGCACGCCUUUGGAGCAGGACAUCCCCGCACUGGAGAUCGCCGACGAGGUGCAACAGCUGCAGGUGCAACUGGAGGACCUGAUCGCCAAGGAGGAGCACCGACCUUUCCUCAACCCCAACUACGAGAACGAGCAGUCCUCCAUUCUUCAGGCCAACCUCUCCAAGAAGCUCAUUUCUCACUUGGAGGCCGUCGGGGCCAAGGACAAGAGGAAGCAGGAGGACGCGUCGAGCGACGACAAGGGGCAGAUCACGUACGAGCUCUAUUACACGCCGGCGCUUGCCGAAAGCGCUAAGGAGGGAAGCGAGCUGUCUGUACUGUCAGAGAUGGAUAGACGGAUGGCGCAGCUGGAGAAGCUGUUGGGCGCCAACACCUUCAUGGGAAACCUGCCGGCGAACGACAUGCUCUCGUUGGUCGAGUCUAUGAACGACAAGCUCAGUCUUCUCAACCAAGUGGAGCUGGAUAAGGUGGACAGGAAGCUCAAGAUGCUCUCGCUCGAGCUCGACGACAUUGCCCGCAGCGAGGAGAAGACUGGGCUCCCAGCGCACCAGGAAAAGAAGGUCAAUGAAGUGUACGAGAUGAUGGCGCGAGCAGACGCCACCAUUCAGCAGAUGCCGGCCAUCAUCGCCCGUCUGCAAUCGCUGCGCCCGCUGCACGAGGAGAGCCUCACCUUCUCCCAGACCCUGCGCCAUCUUCACAACCAGCAGUCCCAGAUCGUUCACAUGCUGUCGUCUCACAACGCUCACCUCAUCAAGGUGGAGGACGGGCUUGCCGAGAACAUGGCCACCAUCCAGAAGAACGUCGACGCCCUGAACGCUCGCAUCGAAAAGGUGGCCGAGAAGCUUUCCUCUGCUUAG